UCUGCAUGAACUGACAUAGUCAACACCACUCCGACCGGAAAUUCAGAUUCUCUGUCAGCGCAUGGUGUGUCUGCAAAGCGGAUAUAUGCGCUUGAAAAGACGGGCUGGGACGCGUAUAUUGCUCUUCGUAUGAUUUUUCUAAGGUUCUUUGCGCGACCACAUCGUUUAAUAACAGAAAAACCUAUCCAUGACGAAUGUACCGCCGACGUUCAGUCCGCCGAUGUGAAGGAGGUUCCGUUAUUCGGUUCUCAGUCAUUAUGUUUUGAGAGUAUACCAGCCAAUACCGUCGUCGAAAACAAGUACUACAGAGUCUAUAACACCAUCCUUUCAAAUGAACGCUUUCCUGAGGAUAUCUUCACUAUAGGAUCCCAAUACACGUUAUCUAGCGCCCAGACUGGCGGCAUCGGUGCUAUCAAUUUCGUCCUCGAGUCGACGACAUGCCCGUUCUCUUCCUAGAGAUCAAGCCUCCCUCCCACUUUUGGCAUGUCACGGUAUCGACGAUAGUUGAGGGUAAUCAGAUGAGGAGCGAAGUCCUUGGCUUGUAUGACCUAUGUCGUACUUGAAGGUUGUACGGGAUCAAUGCCAUGGAAAAGAGGCUCUCCGUCUAUACCGUGACAAAUGGCUCUGUCACGCUCGAGUUCAUUCCU